GUACUCGCCAAUCGCCAUAGUUUGCAACGAAUUCACUCAUAAAUGCGCUCUCUCUCUCUGUCCGUCUCUCUCUCUCUCUCAACCAAGAAGAACGAAAAUUUUGUGGGAGUCCAAAAACCCUAGAAUUGGACUGUCUCGUAAUCAACCAUCAAUGGAAGCUCUACUCUGCAGAAAACUGGGCGACCCAACACUACCACCAAACUCGUCUGAGGAUUCCGCACUCACUCUCUCAGCUUCUCACCCAAUCCCCGAAUUGAAUUCUCCAACUGCAGUCAGAGUUCGAGUCAAAGCUACGAGCUUGAAUUACGCCAAUUACCUCCAAAUUCUGGGCAAGUACCAAGAAAAGCCUCCUUUGCCCUUCAUCCCAGGCUCAGACUACUCUGGCAUCGUUGAAUCAAUCGGUCCCCGUGUUUCCAAGUUCAAAAUCGGCGAUCCAGUUUGUUCUGUCAUCGGUCUCGGCUCUUUUGCCCAAUUCGUUGUCGCCGAUGAGACUGAAUUGUUUCAAGUACCUGAUGGAUGCGAUUUAGUUGCUGCUGGUGCACUUCCUGUUGCAUAUGGAACAUCACAUGUGGCCUUAGUUCAUAGAGCACAAUUGAGCAAGGGUCAGGUAUUACUGGUUCUUGGGGCAGCUGGAGGUGUUGGGGUUUCAGCUGUACAAAUUGGAAAGGUCUGUGGAGCCAUUGUUAUUGCCGUUGCUAGGGGAGCAGAUAAGGUGCAGUUUUUGAAGUCAUUGGGUGUUGAUCAUGUUGUUGACUUUAGCAAAGGAAACGUAACUGAUAGUGUCAAGGGAUUUCUAAAGGCAAGAAGGCUCAAAGGGGUUGACGUAUUGUAUGAUCCUGUUGGAGGCAAGCUUACGAAAGAAACCAUGAAGCUAUUGAACUGGGGAGCAAAAAUUUUAGUCAUUGGAUUUGCGAGUGGAGAGAUCCCUGUCAUCCCUGCAAAUAUUGCUCUUGUUAAGAACUGGACAAUUCAUGGUCUAUACUGGGGAAGCUAUAAAAUACAUCAACCACGUGUACUAGAAGAAUCUUUGAAUGAACUGCUAUCCUGGUUGACAAGGGGCUUAAUCACCAUACACAUUUCUCAUACUUACAACCUAUCAGAGGCCAACCUUGCAUUCUCGGUUAUGAAGGACAGAAAAGUGAUCGGAAAGGUGAUGAUUGCUUUUGAUGAUCAGAAAAGUAUAAGAUCUAAGAUGUAAUUUGUUCAGAAUUCAAUUGGGAGAAAGUUUCUCUCUGCAUUUGAAUGUCAGAAUAUGUAAAUGUCACUGCCCGGUGCCCACCAUUACAUUACAUGGUAUCUGUUUGUAAGUCAUGCUAAAUAAGGAGUUGUUGGCAGGGCAUGCCCUUCCAUAGGAAUAAAUUCUAGGAAACUGAAAUCCAAAACUAGCUGCCUUGAUGUUCUAUUUA